GAUUUGUCACAAUUGUGCAUUUUUCAGUCAGUCUCUUCUGUUUCCUGUUACUUGAAAAUUGUCUGCAUGUUGAAACACGAAAUGAAAAGUGCCUCUUUCUUCCAACCCGCCUACUUCCUGAAGCUGUUUGUAUUUUAUCUGAGCUGGUAUUUUUUACAUGUUGCCUUCUGUGCUUUCUACAACUUUUAUUGAAAAAAAAUGGUUGAAGAAUGGAUUACUAUGAAGAUGAGGAAUGUAGCUGCAGGUGUUAGUAUACAAUGCCAGAUUUCUCACUAGAUGGCCAGCUAACUGAGUGAUGCGGCUGUCUGUUCGACGGGGAUUCAUACUGCUAUUGUGUCUGUUUGGACUGUAUGCUGCUGUGAAAGCACUGUACUAUAUGCUUAUAUGCCAGAGUGGAUAUCCUCAUAGCCUAGGAGUGUCAGUACUAGUUAAGGGCAGCAAUCAGACCCUAUACCACUACAGCCAGGACUCACCAAUGGUGUUUGUUGGUGGAGUACCUCGCUCAGGCACCACGCUGAUGCGUGCUAUGCUUGAUGCCCACCCGGAUAUCCGCUGUGGAGAGGAGACCCGGGUGAUCCCCCGGCUUCUGGCUCUGCGUCAUGGCUGGAGGAGGUCGGCAGAAGACCGCUGGGCCCUGGAUGAAGAAGAGAUCACCCAGGAGAUGCUGGACUCAGCCACAGCUGCCUUCUUGCUUGAGGUCAUUGCUCGUCAUGGUGAGCCUGCACCGCUGCUCUGCAAUAAGGACCCAUUUACGCUGAAGAGCUCCAUCUACCUCUCUAAAUUAUUUCCCAACUCAAAGUUUCUUCUUAUGGUACGUGAUGGUCGGGCCUCAGUGCACUCUAUGAUCUCAAGACAAGUUACAAUUGCUGGUUUUGACCUUUCCAGCUACAGGGACUGCCUUAGCAAGUGGAGCCAAGCAAUAGAGGUCAUGUUAUUUCAGUGCACAUUGGUAGGUUCUACACGCUGUCUGACCAUUCGCUAUGAAAAUUUGGUCCUGCAGCCACGCACCACAAUGGUGAAAGUACUGGAGUUCCUGAAUGUACCAUGGCAUGAGGGGGUACUUCACCAUGAGGAAGCUAUUGGGCAGCCUGGAGGAGUUUCUUUAUCUCGAAUAGAGCGCUCCACUGACCAGGUCAUCAAACCAGUUAACCUAGAGGCACUCACUCGCUGGGUAGGCCACAUUCCAACUGAUGUUCUAAAAGAUAUGGAUAAUAUUGCUCCAAUGCUUAACAAGCUGGGCUAUGACCCCACUGCCAAUCCCCCAGACUAUGGCCAACCAGAUCCCGAAGUGAUUCAUAAUACAGAAAGGGUGCUCAAGGGAGAUUUUAAGCCUCCAGCAAGUUUGAAAAGACCAUCACAAGAAAGUAUGACAUAAAAAUAUCUGUAUAUAUCUGGUCCUUUUUUAUAUUUUAAUUAAGUGCAGGUUAAAACAUGUUCCAGCAAGACAAUGCUCCGCGCACAAAUUUUACACCUAUUGACAUGUUUUCGUGAGGUGGAAGGAAACCCACGUGGACACUAGGAGAACAUGCAGAACUCCACACAUACAGUAACCUGCAAUGCUACACGCACUCUACCAUCCUGCUCAUGUUGGAACACUGUUUUUUUUUAUUACUGUUUGUAGUUUAAACUACACAAUUGUAUUGUAAUUUUUGACAAAUAUAGAGAAAAAUUAUAAUUAAAGUUGUAACAAAUGAUAAGAGUUAACAAAAUUCCUGUUUCCUGUACUUUUUUGUUUAAAACAGUAAACAUUCCUCCCAUUUUACACCAGUGGCUUUAAUCACAAAUCAAGAACUGCACUUGUGCAAUAACAAUAAUGUACUGGGUGAGCAAUAGUCCCUAGUAAGGCCUCUGGCUGAGGGAGCACAUGCAUAUAUAUAUAU